AUGGGAACCCCAACCCUCACGGUUUUCCAGGGCUCCUGUGUGAAUUCAGCAGGGCCUGAGACAGGAAGUCCCGGACCUAGGGCCCCUGUGCUGCAGCAGCUGGACCAGGAGCAGCUUCUCCUGCAGAACCGCCUGGUGCAGCUGCUCAGCCUUGGAACCCAGGUGACGGUGGGCAUGCACAUCCUGUUGGAUUGCAGUUGUCUGCUGCAUUGUGAGAUUGCAGGACAAACAGGGAUUGGGCGACAGGCACUCCCAGGGUUGUCACAGGUGCAGGCGCAGUGCACCUGCAGCGACAGCUCCUUCCUGCAGCACUGGGCCACCGUCCAACAGCACCUGGGCUCUGGGAAGGAGCAGCUGCCUCACAAGAAAGAUGAAGAAAAGGAAGAUUUAGAGACAACAAGGCGGGUUGCUCAGUCAGCCCUGCAGGAGAACUGGAAGCGGCAGUUCUCCACCCCUGAAAUGGCAGAGACCCUGAAAAGGGAGUCCUUUGGUGACGUGACCGAGAGGCAGCAGCUCCGUGAGAAGCUCAAGUGUAAGGACUUCAGGUGGUUCCUGGAGAACGUGUAUCCUGAGCUGCACGUGCCCGAGGACCGGCCCGGCUGCUUCGGGAUGCUCCAGAAUAAAGGACUGCAAGGACUCUGCUUUGACUAUAAUUCUCCUGAUGAAAACCAGAUUGUGGGGCACCAGGUCAUUCUGUACACCUGUCACGGCCUGGGCCAGAACCAGUUCUUCGAGUAUACAUCCCGGAAGGAGAUCCGCUACAACAGCCACCAGCCCGAGGGGUGCUUGGCGGUGGAGGCGGGCGGGGAGAGCCUGGUCAUGGAGCUCUGCCAUGAUCCGGACCCUGAGAACCACUACUUCCUCCCCUGCCCAGAUGGUUCUUUGUUUCACGAACAGUCGAAGAAAUGUGUUCAGGCCGAGAAGGAAUCCAACGACAAGUUUGUCCCACUCUUACGGGACUGCACCCUCUCAAGCCGUCAGCAGUGGUUCUUCCAGGAACAGAUGCUAUGA